AUGGUUCGGAGGAACUCAUCGAAGGUUAGACGUAUGGCUCGGGAACUGUCGGACGAUGAUCGGAUCACCCGAUUGCCAGAUGCUGUGAUCCAUCACAUUUUUUCGUUCAUAGAUACUCGAUCUGUUGUUCAAAGUAGUCUUCUAUCACAAAGCUGGAAAAAUACAUGGAAAUCGCACCCGCAUUUGAACUUCGAGAUCGGUCCAUCUCCCGAUCAGGUAAGCGGCUCUAAAUUCCCCAAUUUCACGCGACGCUUUCUAUCUAAGCGUGAUGACGUUACGGAGCUUUCCACCAUCGCGUUCCGAUCAAAUUCAAUCACUCUUCGGCUUCUUAAAAAGAUCAUACUCUAUGCAAUGUCGCACAAGACCCGGAAGCUAAAGAUUGAAUUCUCGGGUGAUAAGCUAACACGACGUGGCAGAUUUGAUUCAUCUUUGCUUAGAUCUCGAUAUCUCCAACACCUUUCUCUAAACAUUGAUUUUGGGCUUAAAAGCAGUCCAUCUCUGACAUGGGAUUCUCCGGCUCUAACCACUCUAACUAUUAAAUGUGUUACAUUCACGUUACAACUUGUUAAUGAUGAUGCAAGUAAGUCUGUUGAUCUGUUUUCCCGAUUUCCGAAUCUGAAAACUCUUGCGUUGGAUGACUGUACGUUAUCUGAUAUUGAUACUUUCAUAACCAAGUCAAGUGAGUUAGAGAGUCUAUACUUGAUCGGUAUUUAUCAUUCGUGUGAGUUUGUGGUCUCUGCACCAAAGCUUUCAUUGUUCACGUAUAACAACGGCAUUGCUCGGUUUUCGUUAUCAGCCAAAGAUCUCAAUUCAUUAAAUACAGUAAAUUUUCAAACGAUCUAUAGUAGAUCUAUUGAGGAGCAUUCUAUGUUACUUGAGUUGAUGAUCAAGACGUUCCAACAACUCUAUAAGGCAAAGUCUCUUACCAUAAACUUAGAAGCCUUGAAGCUUCUUUCUAUGUUCCCAGAAUUGUGUGAAAGACGAAAUUGCCCUUUCACAAGUCUGCAGAGUUUGACUGUGGUUUCAGGCCACUGGCUACCGCAUUCCUUGACUGGGUUUUCCAGUGUUUUCGAUUAUUUCAGUCGCAACUCUCCAGCUAUUAAGAUUCAUAUCGAUUUGAAUCCAACACCUUUGCAGUUCCGUUAUUAG